CCAUCAGUCCAUUAACUUUCUUCAAAAAGAUCACACUCUUGACUCUCCCAACUAACCCAGCAGUUACUUCAAUCCAAGAUCAGUGAGAAUGGGGAAAUGGGGAAGUUCUCUGUUAAUCAAGUUUAGUGUUAUCCUAAGUUUAUCUGUUGUAGCUCUCGCUAACAAUGGCAAUAAUUUCCACUUGUUCUACUUUGUGCAACAGUGGCUAGGAUCAUACUGUGAUCAAAACGGGGAAAGAUGUUGUUACCCACCAACUGGAAAACCAGGACCAGAGUUUUCAAUUUAUGGGCUUUGGCCUUACUUUAAUGAUGGUAGCUUCCCCUACAAUUGCGGCAGCGACAACUUUGAUGAAGCUCUGCUUAAACCCAUGCAAGACAGUUUGAGGAAGGAGUGGCCAUCAUUCACAUGCCCACAAAUUGGUAGAAAAUUCUGGGUCCAUGAAUGGAACAAGCAUGGAACAUGCUCCAAAUCAGUCCUGGGUGAAGUCGCUUACUUCAAGGCCGCUUUAGCUCUCAAGAACAGGGUCAAUAUCCUUGGAGCCCUUACAAGUGCUGGAAUUCGACCAAACAACCAGUUAUACUCUCUUAAGUCCGUUAAACAGGCAAUUGCUAGGGGUACUGGUUUUCACCCUUGGGUUGUCUGUAACCGUAAUUCUCAAGGUACUAGCCAGAUUUGGCAGGUUGCUAUGUGUGUCGAUAGAACUGGCACCCGACUCAUUAACUGCCCUUUCGUUCCCAAAGGACAGGGUGAUUGUGAGUCCAGAAUCAAGUUUCCUUCUUACUAAUUAUAGAAAGCUUCCCUAGCUAGUCAUGUAGCGUCCCAUUUUUAGUGCUCGCUUAUCUUAUAUAUGUACGGAGGAGUACUAAUGCUGUAGUUUCUUAUCUGAUCAACCUAUGUAAUACUCCCUACUUUUGUCUCUAAAUUCUUGUUUUGUGUUACUAAUAGCUUCUCAUCAUCGGGUUGCAUAUGUGGAAUAUUAGUAUCAUUUUCUUCCAAAAA